CAACUCUGAUCUCAACAGUAUCAUGAUCCGCGAUACUUCCGAAUAUAACCACACCCAGUAUGUGGCGAACCGAUCAAUGAUUGUGCGGGACAAUACGUUCAAUGCAGACAGUACGCAACUCAUUCGUUGCUCUGACGCCAUGCUACGUGCUGAAGAGCUCGCCGAUAUCGAGCACCACGUCCAAAAUCUAACGGACUUGGGUGAUUGGAACAGUGAUUACAUCAUAAGCUCGUACAUGCUAUGUUCACAGUGGAAGAUCCAGGCAAAAGAACGCUACGAGGGUGAUUUUAGAGCGAAAACGAGAAAUCCCGUACUACUCAUCGGUUCGCCAUAUGACGGUCGCACUCCAAUCUCUGGGGCGUUUGCAGCGAACAAGAAUCUUGAGGGAAGUGUGGUACUACAACACAACGGUCUGGGGCAUACUGUCAUGUAUAGCCCGGGGAUCUGCGCGAUCGCUGCUAGCGCUGUUUAUUUCGUAAAUGGAACUAUGCCCAAAGAAGGUACUGUCUGUGAGCAAGACUUCACAUCCUUCUCUGGAAAAGGCAUGUCUGAUACUCUCGACUUACUCGGAGAGUUUUGA